GAACUCAUCAACACACUCGCUUGAAUCAUUCAAUUCUCCAACUCCCGUUAUUCCGGUGUAUUACAAUUAGAAUAUUCGGUACAAAUAAUUUUAAUAUUGAAAAUGCGCUUCUCAACGUCCGCGGUCCUGGUGACCAUGCUGGGCUGGAUAGGGGCUGCCACAGCUCACAACAUUCAACUCAAAGCUCACUCGCGCGAAUGCUUCCACGAAAAGCUGCACAAGGAUGACAAAAUGACUGUUACAUUUCAAGUCGGCGACCGGGAAUUUGGUGGUAGUGGUAACCUAGAGAUUGAUUUCUGGGUCGAAGAUCCUGCCGGAAACCGACAAUAUUAUAAGAACAGUGUCUCAUCGGAGGAUUACUCCUUCACUGCCCAGCGAGAUGGAAAAUUCACCUACUGCUUCAGCAACGAGGCCUGGACAUCGAACUCCAAAGAAGUCUCUUUCAAUGUGCAUGGAAUUGUCUACGUCCCUGAAUCAGAGCUGGAACAGCAUCCCCUGGAAGUUGAAGUUCGUCGCCUUUCCGAGUCGCUGUCUCAAGUCCGCGACGAGCAAUCCUACAUCGUCGUACGAGAAAGGGUUCACCGAAAUACGGCCGAAAGUACAAAUGCACGUGUGAAAUGGUGGAGCAUCUUCCAACUCGCAUUCCUUAUCGGAGAGGGUAUUUUCCAAGUUUGGUGGCUGAAGCGGUUUUUCGAGGUCAAGCGUGUUGUUUAGAAUAUUUGAAAGCUUUUCCCUGUCGAGCCUCGCGCCGAGGCGUACGAACGAUAUUUGCGAUUUCUUCAGAUAAUAUUGCGGCGUUGAAAACAUAGUGGCUAGGGGCGAAGACCCUUCCGGAUUGGCAACCGAGAACGGGAUACUGUCUUGAUUGUAGUUUUAUGUCAGAUGAUAGCUCAGGUUAUGCGAAAUGAACGAACAAUAUAAGCAAUUUUU